AUGCUGCCGUCUAUGCUCUACACCACAACGUCAGCUGACACCAAUACUGCAAGAACUGCUGUUUGCGAGAUGCUACGGAAGCGUCCUCAUCCCAAUCUAGCACAAUACCAAGGGUGCAUCGUUUCGCGCGGCCGAGUACCUAGAUGGCUUAUCCUUCACGCACUAUCCCCAGUCGCUGGCGUCUCUGCUCAAUCCAGGGCACUUGAGCAAGGUGGAUUCAAUCACCUCCCUCGAAUCCCAAAAGCGGAGGGCUGCAACGGCCAUACCUUCAGCUUGAUGCGGCAUCGCGUGCGAUCUUUCAGAGGUGUGGAGAAGGCCACCAUGAACGUCCUUUCGCGAUCGAACAUGAGUGCCUUGGCUGGUCUACGGUCAUCGACGGUAGGCUGGCAGCUAGAGUACCAUGUUGAUAACAUUCAGAUAGGCCGCAGCUCCAACAAUGCGAAUCUUCUUUGGUGA